GCCCCUUUCUCUGGCGUUUCCACGACUGAGACCUUCGUUGCUCUGGAGCAGUUCCACCCCGACCCGUGCUUGACUCCGCUGCUCAUGUUCUGCGAGGGACAGUGAACGUGCAGCUGCCCGGUCCAGCUACUCCCUGCUCGACGAUGUUGCCCCCACAAGCUGUAGCGACCACCAGUCGCGAAUCAGGGAGUCCGGAGACACCAAAGAGAAUAGGGAGUAAACAUGCACGGCCCCCAUGGAAUCCCACAACGUCGUGUUCGCCGUCCUUCAAUCGCUAUGCGCUGCGCAUGCCUUCCAUGGAUGGGCAGUCGCGGGCUCGCAGGAUAUCCCUGGGACUAUCCCCCCAGCGUGCACCGCGAACCCAGGGUCGAUGGAGACUCCCUGUCGAGGUUCUGGAGCUAGUCCUGGACUUUGCACACGACGAUCGCCCGACACUCGGACGCCUUGGCUUGACAUGCCGCGCUCUCCUGAUCGGCAGUCGCUUCGACCUGUUCGAGACCCUAGUCACGGCACCUCGAAGGGAAAGCACAGCUCAACGAAUAUCCUUGAGGGCCCUCCUUGCCAGUCGCUACUGCACAUUCAAGCCCUUCGUGAAGCGGCUGCGAUUCAAGAAGCUCGAGGACGUCCCCACCGUGUCCAGCCUCGCCACACUUUUCCCCUACCUUGACGACCUCACCGAGGUCCGUACGCUCAUCUUCCCUCUCAUGGACGUCACUUCGGAGCACCUGAAGUCCGCCGGCUGGCAGGCGCUCGUCAGGUCGCGCCUGGUCACGCGGAUCACGAAGCUCAUCGUCGUUCGAGCAUCUACAAUGACCUUCGACGAGUUCGCUGGCGUCGUUGCGCUAUUCCCCAGCGUCCGCGAACUUGUGUGUGACCAGCUCGAGAUCGACGAAACAGAUGCUGCUCUGCCUGUGCCACCACCCAACCUGCGCACCGUGCAGCUCGGCGACCAUAUCCUUACGACGCCCGACCAUGGGAAGGCGAAGGCCUUCCUUCGUUGGCUGGCCCUCCGCGAACGCGAGGCGCCUCUCACGCUUACGAUUCACGCCGACAUUGAGGACGUUGAGUUUCUCCAAGAUUACACCUCCGCGGCACCUGCGGCGUUGCAGCGAGUGAAGGUUCAUUUGCAUGAUGCACGCGCAGCGCCACCGCCGGAUCUGCUUGAGAUCAUCCUCAGCAGCAACUACCUUGCCGGCUUCUCUACCCUCACGAACCUCACUGCAGUCGAUGUAGGACUUGGUGCCCUCUGGUUCCAAAAACUCCGCGGUCAGCUUACAUUCCACCCUGCCAUACUCUACAUGCCCCGCGUCUUGCGCGCCCUUCCGCCAAACCUCGAGCGCCUGUCCCUGGAUGUGUUCUCCCGGCGCGAGAUGGAGCUUCCGUUCUCUGUCAAGGACAUGGAGUUCGACCGUACCUGGGCAGCUAUCGACGCCAUAUUAGCUGGUGGGCACUUCCGCCGACUUCGUCAUGUACAAUUCGCCAUAUUCGUGGACGAGUACGACUUCAAGCUGAAGAACGACGCGCUGGAGGCGUUCUGCGUCGCUGUAUGCGGCAAGCUGCCAGGGUUUGUCGCGCGGGGUACGCUAUCAUUCAUCCGAAGACAAUGGGACUCGUAUAACGAUGUCAAUUGGCUCAUUCGGGAUUGAACUGGGUGCUAUACAUCUGUUGUUCAUCUGCAUCAUCUCAAGUACAUAUUUCGCAUAUCUGGACCCUUCACAUUAUUCCUGUAUCUAUAUUGCAUCAUCUGUACUAGUACUGCCAGUAUCUGUGCCUCUAAUUGUCUAUUGCCUGGAGCUUUUAUCCGUUG